CAUGACCUCCACCCCAUUUUCGUCCUCGACGUCGACCGCGCCUAUGACCGACGGAGGUGCGACGCUAUCGAUCCAACUGCCGCUUCCAGAGCAAGUCGCUGUCCUAGCCACACAUCAUUCGGAGAUCCAAUUAUCCCAGACAGAGAUCCACGCAGACUCGACAACGUUCCUGUCUCGGGUGCAGCGAUACGCCGACACUGGCAAGGUCGACGUGGAUGGGCUAACUGCAACGGACGCCGCCGCGCUGGUCCAUAUCCUGCGCCGACUCCACGCGACCUUUGUGAAACAGAUCGAUUGCGACGAAAUCAAAUGCGACGCCUCGCGGAAAUGCCCCAAAUGCGGCGCUUCCCGCGUCCCAUCGUCGCCAGAAACGUCGCCGCAACGAAACGGAACGGGCACCACUCCAAUGUCGCCGACGGCCGCCAGCUUUCGGCUCAAUGGCAGCAAUAGUCCUCCUGCCGACGUUGACAUGACUUGAAUGGAUCUUGCUUUGUCGAUUCUCACGAUACCGACUGCCCUUUUAUCCUUAUAUGCAUGGUGGCAAUUGUUAAAUAUGUAUGAAAAUUCGCAAACACCACACGCUCCGUUCUCGAGAUUGGCAGGAACGAAGCAAGUGCCUUUAACACCCACGAUGCAUUCC